GAUAUUUUUCUCAUUCUCUUUCCAGCGAAGAUGUACAACGGAAUCGGCCUACAAACGCCGCGAGGCUCCGGCACCAAUGGCCACAUCCAGACCAACAAGUUCUUCGUCAAGUCGAAGACUAACAAAGUCCUUGUAGACGGCGGCAAAGGUUAUGAAUCCGGUCAAGGAACUGCCGGAGUGUCGAGGAAAGCAAACAAGGACAUUCUCGAACAUGACCGGAAACGGCAGAUUCAGCUCAAACUUCUCGUCCUUGAGGAGAAGCUUGCCGAUCAGGGAUACACUGAUGCUGAGAUCUCUGAGAAGCUCGAGGAAGCGCGAAGGAAUCUAGAGGCAACAUCUGAGGAAUUUGGAGGACCUACUUAUGAAAAGGUUUCGGAAACACAAACACACCAGAUCACUGCUUUGAAAGAAAAACAAAUGGAAAACUUAAAAGCUGCUCUCAAGAUAGGGGCUGAACACGAAACUCAGAAGAAGAAGCAUGAUGACGUAGCUCAUUUAGAAGAGGGUGAAGUUAAUGACUUGGCAAAAGAAAAGGACGAGGGUAAGCGUCAUAAGAAAAAAGAGAAGAGGAGAGGACGUGAUGAUUCGUCUGACACUGAUAGCAGUGAAAGCGAUGCCAAAGAGUCUAAAAAAACCCGUAAGAAGGCUCAUGCUAGUUCUGAUUCUGAUACUGCUGGUGGUAAAAAGUCAAGAAAGUUGUCUUUCAAGGAUAAGAAGGUUAGAAGGCGGCAUCAAAGUGACGAUUCGUCUGACACUGACAGCAGUGAACACCAUGCCAAAGAGUCUACGAAAACCCGUAAGAAGGCUCAUGCUAGUUCCGAUUCUGAUACUGCUGGUGGUAAAAAUGCAAGAAAGUUGUCUUUCAAGGACAAGAAGGUUAGAAGGCGGCAUCACAGUGACGAUUCAUCCUCUGAUUCUGACUCUUAUUCUGAGUCUGAUCAUGAGAAGAAACAUGUGAAAGUCCAUAGGAGACAUUUUGUGGGUGAUAAUGAUGACCGUGAUGUAAAAACCAUAAAGCUUCAACAGGGUAGAAGACAUGAUUCCGAUGAUGAUAACCAUUACAAUGACCUUGAUGUCAAAAACAAGAUGGUUCAAAAAGAGAAAACACAUGUGGAUAAAUAUGAUGAUGGUCAUGAUGCUAAAAACAAGACAUCACAUAGAGGUAGAAGACAUGAUUCUGACGACAAUGAUGAUGGUCUUGAUUUUAAAAACAAGAAGUCACAGAGAGUUAGAAGACAUGAUUCUGAUGACGAUUCUGAUGGGAGUGAUCGAGUUAGAAGACAUGAUUCUGACUACAAUGAUGAUGGUCGUGAUGCUAAAAACAAGAAGAUUCAGGAAGGGAGAAGACAUAAUACUAAGGCUACGUAUUUGAUUGAUGGAUCAAGUGCAAGUCAGGAGUUGUUGCGGGGAAAGAGAAAACUAAACGAUGAAAGCCCGGAUCAACGUGAAGGGAAGUCAAGGAGGAGGGAUUCUAGUAAAGAUGAAAAGUAUGGAAGGGCUGAUACUGAAGCUGAGAACCCAAAUAGGUCAUACAGGAGUACGGAGGAUAGGAGUAAAGAUCAACAGACAAGAAGAUGCGGCAGAGAAUAUGAAGGUAAUGAUGGAGAGCGUGAAAAUAAGAUUCAGAGUGGGAAUGAGUUGCAACGUGAAAGCCGACGGGAGAAUCGAGAUUUUGAAGUGCGUGGACAGGAGAGAAGAGAAAAUAGGAAUGAUGACCGCUGGGAAAGGAAACACAAAAGAGAUGAAGAGGAAGAUCAGUAUGGGAAGCAUGAGAAAGAAGGGGACUCUCAGCGUGGAAGGUAUGAACAAGAGGAGGAGCAUAGAAGCAGAAUGCGUGAUAAUCACAGAGGUCAUGAUUCAUACAAGAGGGUUAGACAUGAUGAUUCACAUUCUAGUGGAAGGAGAAGAUAUGACGAUGAAAAGCAUGCUGAUAGGCAGACUAGGCGGUGAAAGCUGCUCAAUAGAUAUUUUGUCAUGUCAGAAGAUCAAGAGGCAGCUCAUUGGAGGGGAAGAAGUGGCUGAUGUCUGGAAAACAAGCAUAAAUAGGCAAAGUUCAGUUCUCGAAGUACUCUGAAGUGUAGCUAAAUGGGAUUUUCCUGAUGACGAUGAAAUUGUUGUGCAAGGGUUGGCUAUAAUAAGUUCUUAUGUUGUCAUAUCUUUCGACUCUCGUAUGAUUUCUUAUUUGAGAAUGUGUGCCUACAUUUACUUCCUUGGGUGAAGUUAGGUUCCAGGCUCAUAUGGAACAUGUAUGUUCUUCCUUAUGGUAAUUUUGAUUGCAAUAGAUUCUGCAGAACAUGUUGUGGAAUAGAUGAUUUUGAUGCUUGUGGUCGUUUGAUCGAACACACUUAAAAGUUUUUCUCUUUAGUUGGGCUCCAAUCUAAACUUGUAUGGAAACUAUAUCAUUUUUUAGUUACUUUCAUGGGGAAGUAUCUUGUGAAAAUGUAUUUCAUGAUGUUUGAUUGUG